UUAAGAAUGAAAGAAACUAUAACGUAUAACUUACUACGUAAGGUACAAAUGGUUUAUUAUUGUAGCACACAAUAAAAUUCACGUUCGAUAGCAAUACUGUACCCACUGCAGGACUUUAUACGUUACAGUAUACCCACUCUAAGAACAUUUUUGAAUCAAUUUUAACAGAACUCCGUGAGUGUUUUUGAAACGAAAAUAGGGCAAUAUCAACAUUGUAUUUUUUAUUAUUUUAUAAAAUUAUGUAUCUAAUUUAUCAUUAUUUUAUAAAAAUUAUAGGGAAAUACCUAAACACCACAUUCACCCCUACCUCAAUCAUUAAUCUGAUCCUGAAUGAACCGAUCAAUAUAACUUAUUUAUAAGCGUGCCUAUAAAAUUGAUUUUUCUUGUUGAUUGGUCCAAUUAUUAUGAGAUAGAUGGAAAAAAGCAGAUACAUUGAAAAUGGCGGUCAGUUCAUACCAAUAAUAAUAAUAUCAGCCCUGUAUUAUAUACUGCCCCACUGUUGGGCACGGGCCUCCUCUAUUAAUGAGAGGGAUUAGGCCUUAGUCCACGACGCUGGCCUAGUGAGGAUUGGUAGACUUUACACACCCUCGAAAUUCCUGUAGAGAACUUCGCAGGUAUGCAGGUUCCUCACGAUGUUUUCCUUCGCCGUUAUACCGUUAGUUGAUACCAAUGCUUGACACAAUUCUUUACUGUUAGUGCUGGAGUACCGUGUAUAUUGUCGCUGCGUGGCGGCGUCACGUUGGCACUCCGGCGUUCCUACGAAUCACGCCUCCCUGCCUCAUGUCUCAGUUCGCAACACGUACAACGUGGCAUAGUUAUUUGUAUAUAGGACGCUGCACUGCACCGUUAACGAAUCGUUUGAAUUCUCCUAAUGUUGGUGCGAAAAACUGGUCAAAGUAUUAAAACACACAUUAAAAUUCUAACAGACAAUUACUCGCAGUCUUGGAUACAUAUCUAUCACCAAACAGGGUUGAGAAAGUACCAAAGGUAUAAAACCUUUAAGUUCUGUACACAUAAUCUGAGAUUAGAUGACGUCGUUUUCUAAAUACACGAUAUGAGCCUAAACCCUAAGUUAACAAGAUCUCUGUUAAUGAUAACAGUGUUAGUUAUUGUAGAAACAUGUUCUGCAACAUACAACCUUAUGUUAAACGGCAACUACUUAUCACCGCUUGCUGUAAGUGUUUGUGUUAUAGUAAAUUUGUGAAGAUUUGAAAAACUUCUUUAAAGUCGUCAUUAUCAAGAAGAAUUAAUAGCUAUUGAUCUGAAAAUGUUCAUAAAGUGUUUGUGUUAGUGGAAUAACUUCAAGACUGUUUCUAAGGUUCAAAAUACUGUCAUUUCUAAACAUCAAUUUAAUGAUUUCUUACGUUUACGCGAAUGUUGUCAUCGACUGUAAAUCAGUUUUAAUUUGUGGUGUUUAUUUUUGUUUUAUUUUCUGUUAUCUAUCUAGUAUCAGUAUUCUGUUUUACCUUUCCUGUGAUACUGUCUUCAAUUACCGGUGUAUCUAUUACAGUAAAUACAUCGUAUUCAAUGUUGGGACUAAAAGUGUUGUUAAUUUUUCAGUAAACAUCGGCCAUAUAUUGGUCGGGUAUGAAAUAUAUUGGACUGGUCCUAUCAUUCCUAAGCUUUUAAAUAUCGAGGAGACGCCUCUGUCUCGUGUUAUAUCAGCAACAGAGGCAUCAUGGGUUGCUUCUUUAGUUUUGAUCGGAGGAGAUGUUGGAGCUAUCAUCGCCGGCUAUACAGCAAACUUGAUCGGUCGCCGACCCUGUAUCAUACUCAGCGGAGUUCUUAUGCUCAUUUCACAUCUAAUAGUGAAUUUCCCUACUUCAUUAGGCAUGAUUUAUGCUGGAAGAAUUUGUAUAGGUGCUAGCAUUACUAUCUUCUUAUUGGUUACUUUUAUAUAUCUUGGAGAAAUAUCAUCCCCAAACAUACGCGGCAUGUUGAUGACAUCGACGAGCAUUUUUCAUUCGUUCGGCGGUUUUGUAGUGUACUGCGUGGGUCCUUACGUCUCGUACACACAAGUCGGAUACGUGUUUUUUGGAAUUAGUGCUGUUUAUGUUACUGCGAGCUGCUUUUUACCCGAAUCUCCAGUAUAUCAUGUCAUUAAAGGUAAUGAAGAAGCAGCGAAAGAAUCUCUUCACAAAUUGGGGAGAGACAAAGAUAUCGACACAGAACUGAAGAAGAUGAUGGAGCAAGCUGUUAAAACUAAAACUAAUUCUUAUCUCUUAAGGGAACUGUUCAUUGACAAAGGAAACAGAAGGGCUCUUUGCGUCACAAUCCCUUUAUACAUAUUCCAGCAAUCAAGUGGAAACAUAGCUGUCAUAUUCUUCGCUACGACUAUCUUCAACAGCGCUGGAUCGUCGAUACAACCUCAUAUAGCUACCAUGAUAGUCGGAGCAACGUCGUUGUUCAGUGCAAUAUUUUCUCCAAUGUUCAUUGAUAAACACGGAAGAAGGAUAUUACUAAUAAUUUCAACGGCUGGAUGCUGCGCUUCGAUGACUGUCUUGGGGGCAUACUUUUACCUAGACCACAUAGGAAAUUCAAUAGUUCUAUGGCUGGGAUGGCUUCCUUUAUUAUAUUUGGUAUCGGCUUUAUUCUUUUACAGUAUUGGUCUCUCAAUAAUUCCUAAUACACUGACCGGGGAAAUGUUUAGUCCUUCCGUACGUGGCCUCGGAAGCUCCAUAACUAUAUGCAUUGGAUUUACAACUGGAUUGAUAUCAACUAUUAUUUUCGGCUACAUUGUGGAUGGCAUUGGAAUCUAUGCUACUUUCUGGAUCUACGCGGCUGCAAACGCGAUUGCCUUGGCUUUUGUUAUUAUCGUCGUCCCCGAAACUAAAGGGAAGACUUUAGUAGAAAUUGGGAAUAUUAUGGAAGAAAAACUUUGAAAUCCAUGAAUUUAUUUGUAAAGCAACAACUUUGUAUACCUUUCUAUGAAAAUUUACAUUUGGCACAUAUAAAGUUUGUAUGAAGAAAGAGUGCAGAAAGCUACUACUUUUAUAAAUAUAAAGUGCAUUAAAAAUACAUUCAAUUAAUAAAAAAAAAACUUUGGACACUACCAUGCGUUUGACACGUGUACAUUCGUUUGUUUAUAUUUAAAGUCUGUGGUCAAACAGGGAGGAAAUAAAUGACCAGAUGAAAUAGAAAGGUUCUAAAAUGGUGAUCGGAGACUUACAACUGUAACCUAUAACUGGCCGAUGAUAUGGUAAAAGAAGGUGUCAAAGGAUGAAGAUAUCUUGAACUAAAUAGAAUAGAGUGGGAUAGAAGAGUGUAGAAGUAGUGUGUAGAGUGUAAAACUUGACGUGUAUUAGAAAAAGGCUCAUCGAGGAUUGGAUACUUAUAAAAUGAAACUGAUAAAUGAAAGAUUUACCUAUACUAGGAAGAAAUUUCUUUUAUUUGAGAAUAUUUCAUUUGAAAGCACGAUAUAUCACACCAAUUACAUGUAAUAAUGUUUUUAUCUAAGUUUUUUUUGCAAAAUUAAAGAUUACCUUAAUAUUUAACAAUUAACAAGGUAGUCUGUUUCAAUAACAAAUUAUGUAAAUACAAUAAAAAACAACAUUUAUGUUUCUUUAAAAUAAAUUUCACAUUCGCGUAGAACCCUAUGCGUUCAACUUAACUCCAUAUACAACUUGGAAUGUAUUGACCUAUUUUUAAUAUAAUACCUAAUUGUAUAUUUAUAUAGAGAGAAGUUAUGCAAAACAACAAUAUUAUACAAUAAUGUCACUUUCAAUAUUGAUUAUCAUACACAUUUGUGUAAUAAAUGGCAUUUUUAUCUUCCUUUUACCCCUAUAAACAUUAUAAAUAAAAAAAUUACAAAAACUA